AGACAUACAAUAGAAUUCUAUUCAUUUUAACUAUGACAGUACAUAAUCAAUCUUUUUUUGACAUUGUGCUUUAAAGGUUAAAGGUUAAAAUAAUUCUAUUGGGCGCAUAAUAGCCGGGUACAGCUAGAUCUACAGCAUGUAAGAAACAAGCAUCUUUUUAAAAAUAGUUAAUCCGCUUUUUAAAUCAUUCAUUUAAUAACUUAAAAAAUGUCUGGAAAGAAAACUUGGACACAAACAGAGUUAACCUGUAAGCCGCUAGAUACCUUGGAGGAAGUUGCAUCGUUUCUUCAAGAUCCGCCAAUUUGGAGGUCAUUAUGUAAAGAAAUAAAACCCCAUAGCCAAAAUGUAGUCAGAAAUUGUGAUAUAAAUACGUUUUUUGGUGAAAAUACACUCGAAGCGCCACAAAGCUUCUGUCAUUAUGAGUCAGAAGCGGAAGACGUUGAACACCAUGAUCGGAAAAAGUUGCCAAAAACACUCGUUUGCCAUGACAUGGCCAAUGGAUAUCAUGACGAUAGUUACAUUGACGGCACGAGCAACUACGACGCAUACACGUUUUACAACUGGGGCGCCAUCGAUAUCUUCUGUUACUUCAGCCACCACUUCAUCACUAUCCCACCGCUGGGCUGGAUCAACGUUGGGCAUGAACAUGGGGUCAAAGUUAUUGGCACAGUGAUUACGGAGUGGGCGGAAGGCGUCGCCCUGUGGGACAAGAUCCUGUCAUCGGAGGUGGAGAGCGCCAACUUCGCGAGUGCUCUCGUGGCCAUCGCCAACACACUGAAGCUAGAUGGCUGGCUGCUCAACGUGGAGAACAAGAUAGCCAAACCCCAGGAGUUGCUGCAGUUCGUCCGCACACUGCACGACACUCUGCACCAGGAGCUGGAAGACCCCGUGCUCAUCUGGUAUGACAGCGUCACCGUUGAAGGUCACCUUAGCUGGCAGAACGGACUUAACGAGAAGAACAAAGCUUUCUUCGACGUGGUGGACGGCUUCUUCACAAACUAUUCCUGGUCGGAGAAGGACAUACAGACCAGCGUGGCUCACGCGGGAGACCGGCUCGUGGACGUGUACAUCGGCAUCGACGUGUGGGGGCGGAACUUCUACGGCGGAGGGCAGUUUAACACGCAACAAGCAAUCAAAGUGGCCUACAACUACGGAUGUUCGCUGGCCAUCUUCGCACAGGCCUGGACCCACGAAGCCAUGAGCGAGGACCCCGAGAAUAUUAACUCAGUCGUCAAUUCCAAACAUUUAGAGAAAUACGAAAAGUUUUUACUUAGAGAUCGAGCUUUUUGGUGCAGCAUUUGGCCGUACCUUUUCACAAAACUCCCAACUAAACUACCUUUUCAAACUUCAUUUUGUAGAGGACAGGGGAAAAAGAGACGAUUGUAUGGAGAGGUCAUAGGUUCCGUACCGUGGUACAAUUUACGCCAUAUGCAGUACCAGCCAAACUCGGCCCUUGGACCGCAUGGCUACCUAUUGUCGACUCAAGAAAAUAUCAUGGGUUUAUCUCGCCUUGGGAUAUUAAAAAAUAAAGCCGGCAUACUUAAAUGCCGACGCGUGCUUGGAGACAAAGUCGAACCCACCGAGAGGAAGACCAGUGAUGUCGCAAUAACAGUAAAACAAGGCGGCUUAACCAUCGAAACACCAGAAGAGACUGUCGAAAUUACAAGCGAUGAAAGUAAAACUUCUGCAAAGAAGACGAAGAUCAUAGAUAUACUUCGCAACUUCUUCAGAGUAAAAACAAAAACUAAACUCCCCAACGAUCGGAAAAGAAAAAGAUCGCUGGAUGAAGAAGACAGACGGCAAUUAGAAACCAGAGAAAAAGAGGAGACUAAUGAAAUUGAACCACAAGAAGCAUCCGGGCGUUCUAUGGUGCAAAUGUCAGUUAACCUUAAUUUGGGAGACAAAACGGCACGAACUCGAUACGUUUUGGCUUACGUAUGUAGAGAACUAGAAUGUUUGGAGCCGUUCUUUGAGGAUAGUUUCCUAGGCGGCUCCUGUCUUAAGAUCAACCCAUCUGAUGAAGUUUGCACCGACCAUCGCCUAUCUAGACUAUUCCACUGUGAUUUUUUCUGUGAAGAUAGUUUGAUUGCGUGUGUGGUUACGAAGAAAAUGGAGGGCCACGGGCAUCAGUUGUUGAACGUCAAGCUUCACAUACAAGACAAGAGUGAAAAUUACAAGAAAGUAGUACUUGUGGGUCGGCAUAUACCGCACGGUAAAGAGGAGCCCUCGGCAGCUGAAAUUAUGAAUUUAUACCCCUUGAGCAAUCCAAACGAUCCAGAAUUUAGGGACCUGCAGAAGUACAUGGUGCUGAAUGAGCCAGAUUUCUAUGUAUCAGUAGCAAAUGCAUAUGGAUGGAAUGUUAGAUAUUACCAAAUAGACCUACCCGGUUCCCGAGUAACGACAGUCAACGUUCGAACCGGACUAUCCGUGGGACCGAUCCUUUUAGGAUAUAUCGGUUUUUGUGCAAGAAGACGGACAGAAACCAAUCAUGUCUCUUAAGGCUAGAACGAAUUUGCAGAAUGUGACAUUCAAAGUUCCGAGGAUAUAAUUAUGUGAAUAAGCUAAUAAAUAGUAUAAGUAUAUGUAAAAUAAGAGUUGUAUAUAAUGUUAAAUAUGAAUUUAUAAAGGAAUGUAAUAAAAACAUAUGUAAAGUUUAAUAAAUUA